AUGACCCAACUCACAGGCUCACCAGCAGACCAAGAUCCCUCCUCACUCAAAGACAGCAUGCAAGGCUCUUGCCUUUGCGGAAGUAUCACAGUCAAAGUCACACUCCCAGGCCUCUUCGACAACCCCAUCGGCCACAUCUGCCACUGCUACAACUGCCGCCAAUCCAGCGGCGCCUCUGGCAUGAACAUCCUCACAGUCCCCACACCAAACCUCACCUACACCGACUCGAAAAACUACCUCAAAACCUACAACGACACCAACACUGGCAGCGGCAACACGGUCGCGAGAUCCUUUUGCUCAAACUGCGGCAGUACGAUCGGAUGUCUGCCUGUGCUUUCAGCGCCGCAAUUGUCGAUGGUGGCGUUGGGACUGUUUCCCAGGAUUCCUGUGCCGGAGUUUGAGGUUUUCACGAAGCAUCGGCAGAGUUGGUUGAAGCCUGCUGCGAGGGAGGAGGAUCAGUGUGAUUUUGCGGAGGAGUUUCCCAAGUAUGUUGGGAAGUAUUUGCAGUAG